GUGACCGCAGCAAAAUGCUGCGUCGUACUUCUACUGUGUCUCAAGAGCUCAGAAACUUCUCAACUUCAAGACUCAACUCGAAUACAUGUAGAGCAAAUAGACCUCGUCUAUACUCGACGAAUUUAGAUCCCAAGAGUAGUAACCAGAAGGGUGGCACUCGGUUACUAGCAUUUUCAAGUCGAACCAAGACUUUCCUCCUAGGCUGUGUGUUCGGAAGCGCAGUCGCACUCUCCACUUUUUACUACCUGACCAAGAAGAAUGCUGCGAGAGAACCCAAAGUCAAAUACGGAACCGCUCCAGAAUUCCAAGCAGCUAUUCGCAUAUUAUGCUUAACAUUUCCGGAGGACGGGAAAGUGUCAACCGAUCCAGAAGACCUCAAUGACCAUGGCUUCUCUAUGUACGACUAUCAUCCGGGUGCUAUUCAUAGUGUUGUCGUAUAUCCGGAAUGCACCGAAGACGUUGUAAAAAUCGUUGAAAUUGCAAAAAGGUUUCGGAUGCCGGUCAUCCCGUUUUCUGGCGGAACGAGCUUGGAAGGCCAGACUCGAGGUCAUAAAUAUGGAGGCAUUUGCGUAGAUAUGUCUCGCAUGGACCAAAUAUUACAGAUAAAUGAGGCUGAUGGUGACUUGGUCUGCCAGCCUGGAGCAAGAUGGAUGGAUAUCAAUGAUUACCUUAAGGCAAAAGGCAUUCCCUUAUUCUUUCCUUUGGACCCCGCACCCGGCGCUACUAUUGGUGGUAUGAUCGCGACAGGUUGCUCAGGAACGAAUGCCGUUCGGUACGGAACAGCAAAAGCUGAGUGGUUCCUCAAUUUAACAGUCGUACUACCCUCCGGACAAGUCAUCAAAACCAGGAGACGAGCUCGCAAGUCUUCAGCAGGCUUUGACACAACGAAGCUCUUCAUAGGCGCUGAAGGUACUCUCGGAAUUGUAACUGAAGCAACAUUACGGUUGGCACCGUUACUUCCAACAUCCGUGGCAGUCGUACAUUUUCCGGACGUCAGGAAAGCAACCGAGGCUGUGAGAGAAGUAGUGGCCCAGGGAGUCGGUAUUCAAUGCGUCGAACUCUGCGACGACGACUUCAUGCACGCCACGAACCUAUACGGCAUGUCCAAACGCAAAUGGCCCGAAAAAGAUAGUCUAUUCUUUAAAUUCCAAGGUCACUCACUCGAAGCACUACGAGACACAGCCAAGGUAGUCGAGAAAGUCGUGAAACGUCAUGGAGGGACGGGGUUCACUCUAGCGAGAAACGAGAAAGAGGCGGCAGACUUGUGGACUGAUGGGAAGAACGCGCAUUAUUCGGGAUGUGCGUUGGUAGAGGGUGCGAAAGGGUGGCCGACGGAUGUUUGUGUACCAGUCUCGAGACUCCCGGACCUUGUAUACGAGACGAAGAAGGACCUAAAAGCGUCCGGACUCGUCUCAACGAUCGUAGGGCAUGUGGGCGAUGGAAACUUCCAUGCACUCAUACUCUUCAAAAAUGAUGAAGAACUAGCAAGAGUACGCGAGGCGGUACAUCGAAUGGUAGAGCGCGCGAUUGCACUCGACGGAACUUGUUCGGGUGAACACGGUGUUGGGAUUGGGAAGAAAGAGUUUCUUUAUGAAGAGCUGGGAGAGGGUACAGUCGAGCUUAUGAAGGCGAUAAAACGUACAAUUGAUCCAUUAGGGUUGUUUAACCCCGGAAAGUUAUACCCAGACAAGCCUACCAAUCAGCCGAAGAUACACACACCAUGAGACACGUUUAUGUUUCGGGGAUUUUGUACGUAUGAAGGAUUUACAAGGUAACUCAGACACAGGAAAUAGGGUAAAAGAUGUAUGCUAUGUUCAACUACCAGCCCAUGCAUUGUGAUUUAUUGUCAGCAACAAAGCUUUAUUCUGCGGCUGGCAAUCUCUUUGGC